CCUCACUUUGCAGCACACGCCUCCCCAAUAACAUUCCUAAAAUCUCUCAACCUGGCUCAAUUUUUCCUCAUGGCGGAAUUUGAUACGGCAUCCCGCCGCCGAGGCCCCGAAACCGCCUCAGCUCCUACUUCGUUGCCAACACAUGCAUCACAACUCACACUCGGUUCAGUGCGACCAGAGACUUUAGAUGCUAUAGGAUUCACAUCGGAAGACCUAAGAAAUUUCAGUUUUAACAAUUUCUCAGGCGCCUUCAAAUUUCCUGCCCCGUGGCAAGUAACACCGGCCGGGUUCCCCUUGCCGUCAGUACGCAUGACCCAGAUAGCCCAAUUCGACACCCAGGAAACCGGAGAUCUCCUGGGCUUAACAGCGAACGCAGUAAUACCAAGACCCUUUCCAUCGAUAUAUUGGCAGGCAGGCAUGAGCGGCGUCCCUCGCCUAAACACACAUUCUGAACAUACCAUGGUGGGGGGUCAAGCGGAUGGCACACCUGUGGGCCCACAUACUACUCAACCCGGGUUCAACAUCUAUUCAGAUCCUUCUCCUGAAGUGACUCCGUCUACAUUGCCUAGUCAUGAGAUCCCGGCCUCCAAUCGAAAGCAGCCACCACCUGCGCGGAAAACUGUUGCAGGUCGCUCCCGACCGAAGAGCGCAGCGAAAAAGAAACAGGCACACGGGAAUGCAAAAGCUGAAAGGGCCACAUUAGUCAAGAACAAGACAGCGCCGAGCAAAGACGUACGGGUUCCCAGCGACGAAUCUACUGGACAUUCAUCCAAUCACACUACCGGAAGCAAAGGACAAUCUCAGCUCACUGUCUCGAGUACUCAAUCGGAUGACGAUGGCGAAUAUAUACCGGAAUCAACCGAUCGUAUUAGGGCAGAUACCCCGGAAUCAGUUGACAGUUAUAGUUCAGAUGAUCAACCUCUCAUACUCCGCCGUCGCAAAGAACGUACCGCAUCUCCUCAACGCUCGGCAACUGUAUCUACAAGCUCCACAGUUUCCGGCUACAACGUUCCAGAAACGCUUCGAUCUACACGUCAAGCAAUGGGCGAAAGUGAUUGGAACUUGUACACAGAAAUGAUGGAAAAGCACGUCGGAGGAGCAAUGAAUCAGGAAGAGCUGGAAAAGAGUGAGCGUUCUCUGUUCAUGGUUUCUGAUCAGGCUUUGCGGUUGAAGAUCAGGAGGCUUGUGAAAAGUAUGGUACUGGAAAAGCAGAGCGGUGCCUAG